GUCUCAUUUUUAAGGUCUAACGCAUACAAUUCACAUUACAAUCUUCAGCUUCGACUGUUAUUGCCAUCCAAAAAUAUUUCAAAACCCUCAAAAAAAAUAACAUUUCCAAACUUCCAAGAAUAUUUCAAGAAAACAUUUCCAAACCCUCCAGACUCGGUCUUGGCAGACUUUGUACUGAUUUCAGCACACGCCAGCAGGAGUCUCUCGUUCCCAUAGUAACAAGGCUUCAUUCAGAGCCGUAUAUAGACAAAGUUAACAGCACAGUCUUCGCCGACAGCGUUUCUUACGCACUUUAUUGAGCCCAUUCUGAGUUAUCUCCUUACAGACGGGUUUCUUUUCUGUAUCAACAGACGAGCCAGUAAGACGUCAAGUGGACGGUGUGUUUGAAUUUAUCGCUUUAAAGGUGUGAGCAGCUCGUCGUGUAGCCUAGCUCAACUCUGUCAGGGAGACUCCGCUGUCCGGAAGUUGUGAGGGAAAAAAGAGAGAAAGGCAUGAGCUGGAAGGGACUUCUGACCAAGUUUCCCCCGACACUUUGAAACGCCGUUUUCUCCCGUAGACCACACCGAGAGCUGGACAGACAAAGAGUCCCGCUUUAGUUACCUUUAUAUCUAGCUGCGCGCCUUCAUUUAUCGAUGGGUCUGCCGACGCUGGAGUUCAGUGACUCUUUCCUGGACAGUCCGGAGUUCAGAGAGAGGCUGCAGUGCCAUGAGAUAGAGCUGGAGCGCACCAACAGGUUUAUAAAAGACCUCAUCAAAGAUGGGAACAUGCUCGUGUCGGCGCUCAGAAGUCUUUCUCUUGCCGUUCAGCGCUUCUCUCAGUCUCUACAGGAGUUCCAGUUUGAGUGUAUUGGAGAUGCUGAGACUGACGAUGAGAUCAAUAUCGCUCAGUCCUUAAAGGAGUUCUCUCAGCUGCUGAGCACCAUGGAGGAGGAGAGGAAACGACUGAUCCAGAAUGCCGAUGACGUGUUGAUAUCACCGCUUGAGAGAUUUCGUAAGGAGCAGAUUGGAGCUGUUAAGAUCGUCCGCUCUGCUCUGCUCUGGUCUCACUCGCAGUCCAGUGUCAGCAAUAAGGUCAUGGGAACGGACGCUGAGGGAGAAGACAGUGAGCGCGUCAUAGACAGAGACGCAGUGAGUCAGUAUAAACACAAAGAGGGAAAGAAGCAGUUUGACAAGGAGACAGAGAGGUACUACUCUGUUCUGGAAAAACACCUCAGUCUGUCCUCCAAAAAGAAGGAAACGCAUCUGCACGAGGCCGAUUCACAGAUGAGUAAGGAUAGGCAGAUAUUUUAUGAUGCAUCGCUGCAGUAUGUCUUCAAGAUCCAAGAGGUGCAGGAGAGAAAGAAGUUUGAAUUUGUGGAGCCGUUACUAGCCUUCCUGCAGGGUUUGUUUACCUUCUACCAUGAGGGCUACGAGCUGGCCAGUGAGUUUGAACCCUACAAGCAGCAGCUUCAGUUCAACCUGCAGAAUGCUCGCAAUAACUUCGAAAGUACGCGUGCUGAGGUUGAGAGGCUGAUGAAGAGGAUCCGUUCUGCAGAGGAAGACUUCAAAGCCCCCAGUGGCUUUACCAUGGAGGGAUAUCUGUAUAUACAAGAGAAACGUCCAUUGGGCAGUGUGUGGACCAGAUAUUACUGUACUUAUCAAAAAAGCUCCAAGAUGUUCACCAUGAGCAGCACAGAGUCCAGACCAGCCAGCAGACAGAACGGUGUGGUGAACGGCACGACUGAGAUGUUCAGGCUGCGCUCGUGUGUCAGAAGGAAGAGGGAUUCCAUUGACAAGCGCUUCUGCUUCGACAUCGAGGUGGUGGAGAGACAUGGCGUCAUCACCCUGCAGGCACUCUCUGAGGCCAACAGGCGGCUGUGGAUGGAGGCAAUGGAUGGAAAAGAACCUAUUUACACUCUGCCUUCUUUGCUCAGUAAAAAGGAGGAGACGUUUCUCAACGAGGCGGGCCUCAACUUUGUUAAGAAGUGUAUUGAGCUAGUUGAAACAAGAGGCAUAACCACCCUGGGACUGUACAGGACUGGUGGAGUCAACUCCAAAGUCCAGCGGCUGAUGACGAGCGUGUUUGCAACCACAGCUCCUGCUGACAUGCAGCUGGACGCAGACGCCUGGGACAACAAGACCAUCACCAGCGGACUGAAGAACUAUUUUAGGUGUCUGGCAGAACCACUACUGACCUACAGACUGCAUAAAGAAUUCAUCAAGGCUGCAAAGUAUGAUGACCAGAAGCAUAGAGUGAGAGCAAUUCAUGCUCUCGUACACAAACUGCCAGAGAAAAACAGAGCAAUGCUGGACCUCUUAACCAACCACCUCCACAAGGUGUCCUCUCACAGUGAUCAGAACCUGAUGACUGUGUCCAACCUGGGGAUGAUUUUCGGCCCCACGCUGAUGAGAUCACAGGAAGAGACGGUGGCCGCCAUGAUGAACAUUAAGUUUCAGAACAUUGUGGUGGAGAUUAUCAUUGAAAACCACCACAAGAUUUUUGGUGAAGUCCCGGACCUGUCAGUGCCGUUACCUCAGGCUACGUCCUCUCGAUCAACACCUCGGAAGAACAAGGCUAUCUGUCUGUCGUCUGGAAAAAGGAAGGCUCGUCUCUACCCUCCUGCUCUCUGCCUGGCAGACAACGACAGUGACACAUUCAGCAGCAGCCCCAGCACGACUCCAAUGGGCAGCCAGGAGUCUCUGUCGUCACACUCCUCUGAAAAAAACGGCUUGUCUCAGACCUCUCCUCCGUCCUCUCCUGCUGCCGACACCAGCUCGUCCUCCACAGCACAGGUGUCCCCUCCCGCAGCUUCCUCCUGCCCCCCGUCCUACAACUCCUCAAACGGGGAUGAUCAGAAAAACCCAACAGACAUGGCCACCUGUCCUCACCUCACGCCUUCUUCUGCCUCCGUGUCCUCCUCCAUGUCCUCGUUACUUUCUUCAGACAGGACUCUGUCUGUCAAAGGAAACUCGACUGCCUCCCUGUCGUCUGUAAAAGAGUCAAGAUCAGCCUCCGCAGCCUCCACGUCCACUGCCACUAUCCAGCACUCUUCAGUGGAGCGCAACUCCUCUCUCAGGGAGGGUCGUCCUGUUCAGAGAGUGCCUUCUGUCUCAUCCCUGAAGAGCACUCAUUCAGUGGAUCAAAAAAAUGCCUCGGCCACUGUUACAGAGACCAGAGCGACGGACUCUACCUCUCCUCAGCAGCACAGGAAAACCUUCAGGACUGCCUCCUCUUCUUCUUCCUCCUCCUCUUCAUUAUUUCCCUACCAGCUCUCCACGUCUUCCUCUCUCACCUCCCUCCACAUCUCUGAGGAUUACAAAAGUUGUCACGGAUCUGUACAAAGUCUCAUGUCACUGGACCCACAGGAGGCAGCACACAUGCGGAAAACUUCACAUGUCCGCUGUGGCUCCGAUCUGACCGCAAAACUCUCUGCAGCCGCCGCAUCAAGCAACGGUUACCAGAAGCCUGGAUCAGUAUUAUCGGUCAGAGUACCACAGCGUGAGAGCUCAGUAUUCUCCUCAGCAUUAGACAUCUGCUCCACAGGAAGGGAAGCAAAAGCUCUUUACUCCUGUGAGGCAGAGCACAGCCAUGAGCUCAGUUUUCCGCAGGGGGCGCUGUUCUUAAAUGUGCACCCGUCUGUGGAACCAGGCUGGCUUCAGGCGACAUACAACGGCAAAACAGGCCUCAUACCUGAAAACUACAUCGCAUACAUGUGACGGACCUGAAGAUGUCAUCACUGCAUCACUGAUUAACAGACUUUAGACUUUAGGGAUACACAGUGCAGUAAUCCACUUAUACUCUGUGCUGCUGAUCAAAUAUAAUAUAUAU